AUAAAUACUAGAAAUGUUGCUGUCUCCAUGCAUCACCUAAAUAUAUCCAUAAUCUCUACUUGUUCAUUUGCUUCUUCCCAUUCUACACGUAUGGCUCUUUAUCUAUUCUGUUGUCUUUUUGCUAUUACUUUGAUUUUCAUGCAAACUCUCGCGGACACUUCAUGCACAGAUUGUUUCAUUCAUUCUCGGGCAGCAUAUUAUCCGAAUUCUGAAGAACACGGGACAGAUGUAGGUGCAUGUGGUUUUGGUUCCUUUGGUGCUACAGUCAAUGGCGGGGAUGUAUCAGCUGCAUCUUCUCUUUAUCGAAAUGGUGUUGGCUGUGGAGCCUGUUACCAGGUGAGGUGUACCAACAGUGCCUAUUGCUCAGAAAAUGGUGUAACUGCAGUCAUAACUGACCAAGGUUCAAGUGAUAACACUGAUUUCAUUCUUAGCAAACAUGCCUUUAGCCGGAUGGCUCAAACCACUGAUGCAGCUGCUUCUCUAUUAGCCCUUGGCGUGGUUGAUAUUGAAUAUAGACGUGUUGCAUGCAGCUACCCAUCUAAGAACAUAACAUUCAAGAUAGAUGAGAGCAGCAACAACCCUUAUUACUUGGCUUUUGUCAUUUGGUAUCAACAAGGAAAGAGAGACAUAACUGCUGUGCAGCUCUGUGAGACUAAAAACUUAGUGUGCAAGUUACUGGAUCGGAGCCAUGGAGCGGUGUGGACUAGUGCCUCUCCACCAAGUGGACCUUUGUCUAUAAGGAUGUUGUUUAGUGAUGAAGAAGAGGGAGAAGAAACAUGGGUUGUUCCUGUUAAUAACAUACCCGAAGAUUGGAAGGGAGGAGAAACAUACGAUUCAGGAGUACAAGUGAAUCAAUAGAGAAGGCAGCAUAAGCAUGCAAUGAGAGAAACAUUACAUCAAGUUGAUAAUUUGAUUAAUUUAUUAUCCCCCACCCUUCCCUUAUGGUAUUAUUUUUCUCCGAAUAAGAAGUGAUGGCAUACUAUGGACAACACAUACUAUGCAUGUCACCCGAUUCCAUUGUAUUGAUGUUAUUAUUUCAUUUUUACAUUUGUACUCGUACAAACUUAAUAACAAUGUUGAAAUGUCUUGACAGAUCA